UAGCUGGUUUGGAUCACAUCUGUCGCCACGAUGCUGCUCCACAGACUUCUCCUGUGUUUCUCAGUAACAGGUCUUGUGUUCGCGCAGCCUGACAGCUCUGGAUUAUUUUACGCGCUGAGAUCUGAACUGUCAGAAGACGCGAUCUUGGUGGCCAACAACGGAAUACGUGUGCCUUUUGGGAGAUCCGUCUUCAUCGAUCCCAUCAAUGAUCUGGUGAUCCAGACGCAGCCGGGAGACCGGUGCAGCAUCACGGUCCUCGAUAAUGAUCCGCUGUCACAGAGACCGGGGCACCUUUCUCCCAAAAAGUUUCCGUGUGAUUUCGGUCCCAAUGAUGUCACAUACUCCCACUACGGGUCCAGGAGUCCGGCUAAAGACCGAGUGAAGCUGCAGCUCAGGUAUGAUGCGCAAACCGAAACCGUUAUUAUCCCCUUUAUGAUGGAGGUUGAAGUAGUUUUUACGCAGCUGGAGUUACUCACCAAAAACAUGCCUCUCACUGUUGAUAAUCUGAAAGCGACCAGCACCCCGAUAGAUAAGAAGAUUUUAGAGUUUACUUAUGACAGAGACUCUCAUAAAUGUGAGGUGACAGCCCUGUCCAGCGGCAGCACGCUGCCCAGAUACGGAAGGCUCAUUGACGGGGGGAAACUUUCCAAAAUGAUGGACUGUGAUGAAUUCACACAAGCUGACAUCCGCUACGAGCACACGUUUGACCGCAAGUCUCCCAACAGGGACUAUGUCCCCAUGGUGGUGGAGCUGCAUGAUAAGGAGGGGAACCUGGUGAAACAGGAGUAUUUCCAUCUGAUGAUCCGUAUCAGAGAGGGAGAGGAGAACACUCCUCCUAAACCCAGCUUUGUCUCCAUGAUGAUGAUGGAGAUCAGCCAGUUUGUCAUGACCGCCCUCACCCCGGACAUGCUGGCUGCUGAGGACGCAGAGUCAGACCCAGAUGAGCUGAUUUUCAACAUCACCUCUCCCUUAUCAUAUGAGGAGGGCUACAUAGUCAGCACUGAUGACAGAAACCUCCCCAUCACCUCUUUCUACCAGAGAGACCUGCGUGAUCUGAAAAUAGCUUACAAGCCCCCCUCCCUGGACUCAGACACUGAGAGGAUUUUCCAGCUUGAGUUUGAGGUGGUAGACACAGACGGGGCUGUGUCCGAUCCUUUUGCUUUCAUGAUCGUAGUGAAGCCCAUGAACUCUCUGGCCCCCGUGGUGACACGUAACACAGGUCAGCUGCUGUAUGAAGGCCAGUCUCGGCCUCUCUUCAGCGGCCACAACCUGGAGAUCAGCGACGAGGACAACCUGUACGCCGUCAGCAUCACGGUGGUGGACGGGCUGCGCCACGGGGACCUGGUGGUGCUCGGCUCCCAGAGGAAACUCUUCACACCUGCUGACCUGACCACAGGGGUCGUUGUGUACCAGCACGAUGGCAGCGACACGUACAGCGACAACAUUGUUUUUAAGAUGUCGGAUGGAAAAAACGAAGUAGAAUUCCUUUUUCCCAUCACAAUCGUUCCCACCGACGACGAGCCCCCGAUUAUAAACGCAAACACCGGCCUGGUGCUGUUCAAAAACCAGAUGAUGCCGAUAUCCCCCCUCAUGCUCAGCGCUGCAGAUAUUGACUCUGAGGACUCAACUAUUAAAUUCACCAUCGUCCCUCCUGUUUCUACUAUUGGCACAGUGCUCUUGAGGCAGUCAGACGCCCCAGAGGACCCCUCCUCUUGGAAAUUUAAUGCUGAGGAUGAAGUGUAUGAGAAAGAGGUGACAGAGUGGCUGCAGAAAGACAUCACAGAGGGGAAGCUGUUCUACAAACACACAGGUCCUCACAACACUGAAACCAUCAUGGAUCAGUUCGUGUUCAAAGUUCAGGAUGACAACGACCCCCCUAACGAGUCAGGGGAGAGUGUGUUUAUGAUCCGUGUUCUCCCCAUAGACGACGUGCCCCCCGAGCUCUUCCCCGGCACCACCCUGCAGAUGACGGUUCAGGAGUACAAGCUCACUCACUUCAGCAAAGAAGUCCUGCGCUACACUGAUUUGGACUCUGAGGACCGUGACCUCAAAUACACAGUAACCCAGCCCCCGACUGACACUGAUGAAAACAACCCAGUUGUGUUUGGGUCUCUGGUCCUGACAGACAGCCCCGACACUGAAGUCACAGAGUUCACACAAGCCCAAAUUAACCAUCACAAGAUCUCCUACGGCCCCCCGGACGUGGAGCUGGGUAUCACGGCCCACGUCGUGCAGUUUCGCUACACUGUUGAAGACACAGCUGGGAACAGCGUUGAUGGAGCUUUCACUGUCUACCUGCAGCCUGUCAACAACAAACCCCCUCAGAUUACAAACACAGGCUUCACUGUGUUUGAACGGGGCAUGCACAUCAUCAGUAUUGCGGAGCUAGACGCCGCAGACCUCGACACGGAGAGCAAACAGAUUACCUUCACUCUGAGCCUGCUCCCUAAACACGGCCAGGUUCAGCUUGUGUUCACUGAUCUAGAGAAAAAAGGGGCUUUCAGACUGGAGGAUGUCUCAGAGGGGAAGAUAUCAUACGUCCAUGAUGGGGAGGAGACGGUGAGCGAUGAGUUUCAGCUAGAUGUCAGUGAUGGGAUUCAUGUUGUAACUGUGACAGUCAGAGUUAAUGUAAAGCCCGUGGAUGAUGAAACGCCAACCGUCAGCUUGCCUCCGGGAAAAAUUGGCUCCCAUAUGGACGUGCUGGAAAACGGAGCCACAGAAAUCACAACUAAUGUAAUUCAAGGCCACGAUGAUGACACAGAUGACCUCCAGCUGACCUUUAUCGUGGAGGAUCCUCCAGUUAUGGGUGAAAUAUUAGUCAAAGGCUUGCCUGCCUCUAGGUUUACACAGGCUGAUAUUAUUAAUGGUGUGGUGGUGUAUGCCCACACCGGCGGUGAGAUAGGCCUCUCCUCUCUGCAGGACGGCUUCAAUCUGACUCUCACAGACUUGUCGGAUGAUUGGACAGUGGGUGGAAAUAAGGUCAACGGAGUCCACGUUCGAGUCACCAUCCUUCCUGUUGACAGCCAGGCCCCUGAGGUCGGGGUUGGGAUUCAAUACAGUGUCAUUGAAGGGGAGAAAUACGCCAUCGGCCCUCAGCACUUGAACGCUGAUGAUAAUGACACUCCGACGGAUGAUAUCCUUUGCACCAUCAUUGUCCAGCCCACUGCCGGCUAUGUGGAGAAUAUAUCACCCGCCCCAGGCUCAGAAAAGUCCCGGUCAGGAACAGCUAUCACUGCUUUCACCAUCAGAGACAUCAGGCAGGGGAAUAUCUACUAUGUGCAGAGCAUUCACAAAGGGGUCGAGCCAGUGGAAGACAGGUUCACAUUCAGGUGCUCUGAUGGGAUCAAUUUCUCAGAAAACCAUUUCUUCCCAAUUGUCAUCAUCCCAGCAAAUGAUGAGAAGCCGGAGAUAUAUCUGAGGGAGAUAGUGGUGAUGGAGGGCAUGAACAUUGUCAUCGACACGCCGCUCCUGAACGGAGCCGAUGUCGAUAUUCCUGCUGAGGAGCUGAUGUUCUUCAUCUCCAAACCUCCCAAACAUGGAGCCAUUUUAAACCAGCUUUCAACAGGCUCAGUCCUGGUGACUAAUUUCACUUUGGAACAGAUUAGAGAGGCAUCAAGUAUUAUUUAUGAGCACGAUGACUCAGAGACAACAGAGGACAGCUUUGAUGUCACUCUGACUGAUGGGAAGUACUCGGUGCAGAAAACAGCCAUGGUGAUGAUCAUUCCUGUCGAUGACGAGACCCCCAGAAUGCUGAUCAACGACGGGCUGGAGGUGGAGAUCGGGGAGACCAAAGAAAUCAACAACAAAGUGCUCAAAGCGACAGAUUUAGAUUCAGAUGACAGCACGCUCACAUUUAUCAUCCAGUUCGGGCCUGGUCAGGGUCUGCUGCAGAGGAAAACCCCAUCCGGCUCUCUGGAGAACAUCACGCUGGGCAUGAAUUUCACACAGGCUGAAAUCGAUGCAGGGUUGAUACUUUACACACACAGCGGUCAAGAGGGCCUCAGAGAUUUGGUUAAAUUUGAUGUAACAGAUGGCACCAACCCACUAAUUGAUCGUUACUUCUACAUCACGGUGGGCAGCAUCGACAUGGUGUUCCCUGAUGUGGUUAGUAAAGGCGUGUCUCUGAGGGAAGGCGGCAGAGUCACUCUGACCACAGAUCUUCUCAGCACCACUGAUCUUAACAGCCCUGAUGAGAAUCUAGUCUUCACCAUCACCAGGGCCCCUGUCAGAGGCCACCUGGAGUGUACGGACACUCCCGGGAUGCCCAUCGUGUCUUUUACUCAGCUCCAGCUGGCCGGCAGCAAGAUUUACUACAUCCACACGUCAGACGACGAGGUGAAGAUGGACAGUUUUGAGUUUGAAGUCACUGACGGCUACAAUCCUAUCUUCAGAACGUUCAGAGUCUCCAUCGUGGAUGUUGAUAAUAAGAAACCUGUCCUGACUGUCAAUAGUUUAAUCGUCAUAGAAGGUCAGAUUAAGCUCAUUACACCAUUCGAGCUGACCGCUGAGGACCAGGACACGCCCGAGAAGCAGCUGAAGUUCACCGUCACCCAGCUGCCGGUUCACGGUAAACUGCUCUACAACCAGUCCACGCCUGUCACCAGCUUCACCAAACAAGACCUCAACGAAAACCUCAUCAGCUAUAAACACGACGGCACCGAAUCCUCGGAGGACUCCUUCUCCUUCACUCUCACCGACGGCACACACUCAGACUUCUACGUGUUCCCCGACACCGUGUUCGAGACUCGCCGCCCUCAAGCCAUGAAGAUCACCAUCGUGUCCAUCGACAACGGCGUCCCCCAGAUGGUGGUGAAUAAGGGCGCCCCCACUUUGAAGAUCAUGACCACGGGUCACCUGGGGUUCCCCAUCGGCCCUAAAGUGCUGAGAGCGGAGGACCGAGACAGCAGCCCCGCCUCCCUGGUGUUCCACGUCACCGCCGAGCCCAAACAUGGCUACAUCGUUAACCUCGGACAGGGAAACAACUCCAUCAGCUCCUUUAGCCAAGCUGAUAUCGAUGACCUGAACAUCUGCUACGUGUUACGGAAUGAAGAAAAUGCAACAUCCGAUCUCUUCCACUUCUCAGUCGAAGAUAACGGUGGGAACAAACUGAAGGGGCAGCACUUCCGCCUGGACUGGGCCUGGAUCUCUCUGGAGAGGGAGUACUACGUGGUGGACGAGGAGGACAAGUUUCUGGAGGUGGUGCUCCGGCGGAGAGGAUACCUGGGAGAGACUUCUUUCAUAGGCAUCGGUACCCAGGAUGGAAGUGCGAAAAAGGAUGAGGAUUACAAGGGCAAGUCCCAGAGGCAGGUCCAGUUCAACCCGGGUCAGACCACAGCCGUGUGGCGGGUCCGGAUCCUGACUGAUGGGAAGUACGAGCAGGCGGAGACCUUCCAGAUUUUGCUGUCGGAGCCGGUGAUGGGGGUGAUGGAGUUCCCUGUCACAGCAACAGUCGAGAUCCUGGAUCCCAAUGACGAGUCUACAGUGUUCUUCCCAGAGCAGAUCCACUCAGUGGAGGAAGAUGUUGGAGAGCUUUUCAUCCCGGUGCACCGCAGUGGAGACAUCAGCCAGGAGCUCAUGGUGGUCUGCUUCACUCAGCAGGGUUCUGCCACAGGGACGAUCCCCACCACCGUCCUCUCGUACUCGGACUACAUCUCCCGUCCGGAGGAGCACGGCAGCGUCCUUCGCUUUGACAAGGACGAGAGGGAGAAGAAGUGCCGCGUGGUGAUUAUCGACGACUCUCUGUACGAGGCAGAAGAGAGCUUUAACGUCACUCUGUCACUGCCUGUUGGGGGCCGACUGGGAAUGCAUUACCCCACCACCAAAGUCAACAUCUUGGAGGAUAUGGAUGAUGCUCCAGUGUUUUACUUUGGCGAGGUUGAGUAUCAUGUGGAUGAGAGCGAUGGAUACGUGGAGGUCAAAGUGUGGAGGACAGGAACCGAUCUGUCCAAGUCCGGAACCAUCACUGUCCGCUCCCGCAAGGCCGAGCCCGUUUCUGCAGAAGCCGGUAUUGACUACGUGGGCAUCAGUCGUAACCUGGACUUUGCUCCGGGCGUCAGCAUGCAAACGUUCAGGGUCACCAUCCUGGACGACCUCGGGCAGCCGGAGCUGGAGGGGACGGAGAGCUUCGACCUCGUCCUACGUAUGCCGGUGAACGGCAUUCUGGGAGAACCUGGCAGGGCUACAGUCUUCAUCAAUGACUCCGUGUCUGACUUGCCGAAGGUCCAGUUCCGCGAGCCGUUGUAUAGCGGCGAGGAGAGCGAUGGUCAGAUCAUGGCGACGGUUUACCGCAGCGGUGACAUCAGACACAAAUCCUCCGUCCGCUGUUUCACCCGUCAGGGCUCCGCUCAGGUCGUCUCUGACUUCACCGAGCGACCCAACACUGAAGCAUCCAUCAUCACUUUCCUACCAGGCGAGGUGGAGAAGCCAUGUUUCCUGUCUCUGGUUGAUGACACGCUGUACGAGGAAGGAGAGGAGCUGCGGCUGGUCUUAGGGAACCCGAAGAGCGACUCACAGUUUGGCGCAUCAGUGGGAGCUCAGAACGAGACCCUGGUGAAAAUCAAGGACACGGCUGACAAACCCAUCAUCCGUUUCUUGGAAACUAAAUUCAGCGUAAGUGAACCGAAGGAAGCGGGCAGCGUGGCGAGCGUGAGGAUCCCCGUGGUGAGAGUGGGCGACACGUCCAAAGUGUCUGUGGUUCGAGUUCACACCAAAGACGGGUCAGCUAUCUCCGGAGAGGACUACUACCCCGUGUCUCAAGACAUUGAGUUUAAACAGGGGGAGAAGGAGCACGUGGUGGAGGUGGAGGUCCUGUUCGACGGCGUGAGAGAGAUGAGGGAAGCGUUUACUCUCCACCUGAAGCCUGACGACAACAUGGUGGCCGAAACUCAGGUAACUAAAGUGAUAGUUUACAUCGAGGAAACCAACAGCAUGGCUGACGUCACCUUCCCCUCGCUGCCUCACGUCGUGUCUCUGUUCCACUACGACGACGUGGCCCGGACGCCAGAUAACCUCCGUCCACCCGCCGGGUACCCCGUAGUCUGCGUCACGGCGUGCAACACCAAAUACCCAGACUAUGACAAGACGGGCUCUAUCUGUGUCAGCGAGCACAUCAACAACACCUUGACCCGCUACCGCUGGCUCAUCAGCGCCCCAGCUGGCCCCGAUGGCGUCACCAGCCCCAUGAGGGAGGUGGACUUUGACACCUUCUUUACGUCCUCUAAGAUGAUCACACUGGACUCAGUCUACUUCCAGGCGGGCUCCAGGGUCCAGUGUGCUGCAAGAGCUGUUAAUUCUAACGGAGAUGAGGGUUUAGAGCUCAGCAGCCCCAUCGUCACUGUCAGCCAGCAGGAAGGAAUGUGUCAACCUCGUAAGAUGGGGACGGUCGGCGCCGAGCCGUUCUCCGCUAAGCUACGCUACACCGGAGCAGACGACCCCAAACACCCCAACCUGAUCAAAGUGACGGUCACCAUGCCUCACAUAGACGGAAUGCUUCCGGUCAUCUCCACUCGCCCGCUGAUGAACUUUGAGCUGACUCUGAGUCCAGACGGGACCCGGGUGGGAAACCAUCGCUGCUCCAACCUGCUGGACUACGAUGAGGUCACCACGGGUCACAGCUUCAUCACGGCCGCGACGCGCAGCGCGGAGAGUAUGGGCGACACGGCGCCAUAUCAGUUCAGCAGCGCUCUGCGGGGGAACAGCACGCUGCGCUUCUACAGAAACCUCAACCUGGAGGCCUGUCUGUGGGAGUUCACCAGCUACUACCACAUGUCUGAGCUGCUCACCGACUGUGGAGGCACCAUCGGGACUGACGGACAGGUUCUCAACCUGGUCCAGUCCUACGUGACCCUGCGGGUCCCUCUCUACGUGUCGUACGUGUUCCACUCCCCUGUGGGGACCGGCGGCUGGCAGCACUUCGACCUGCAGUCGGAGCUUCGCCUCACCUUCGUGUACGACACCGCCAUCCUCUGGAAGGACGGCAUCGGCAGCCCGCCGCAGGCCGAGCUGCAGGGUGCUUUGUAUCCAACAAGCAUGCGCAUCAACGAACAGGGACGUCUGGUGGUAAACUUCCGCACCAAGGCUCGUUUCAGGGGUCUGUUUGUGGAGUCUCACUCUGGAGGAAGAAUUAAAAGAGCUGCGACCUCCAUGUCCUCCAUGGUGAUGAGUGUGGACCACCCGGGCCUGACCUUUAACCUGACCCUAGUGAGAAGUGAGCCCACCUACAACCAGCCCGUCCAGCAGUGGACUUUUACUUCUGACUUUGCUGUGAGAGAUUACUCUGGCAGCUACACGGUGAAGCUGAUCCCCUGCACCACCGCCCAGAAUAUGGAAUACACUCUUCCACCUGUCUGCAGUCCCAGAGAACCAGUCACCUUCGAUCUAGACAUCAGAUUCCAGCAGGUGAGUGACCCGGUCGCAGUGGAGUUCAGUCUGAACACUCAGAUGUUCUUGCUGUCCAAGAGGAGCUUGUGGCUCUCUGAUGGAUCCAUGGGAUUCGGUCAGGAGACCGACGUCGCUUUUUCUGAGGGUGAUACGAUCUACGGCCGUGUGAUGGUGGACCCUGUGCAGAACCUGGGGGACUCUUUCUUCUGCAGCAUAGAGAAGGUGUUCCUCUGCACCGGCGCUGAUGGAUACGUGCCAAAAUACAAUCCGACUAAGUUUGAGUUUGGCUGCCUGGCUGACUCCCCGUCGCUGCUCUACAGAUUCAAGAUUCUUGACAAAGCUCAGCCCGAGACGCAGGCGCGCAUGUUUGGUGAUGUGGGUUUUAACGCCCUGCUGGCGGUGGACGACCCGUCAGCUCUGUCCCUGGUCAGACAGCCGGGGUCUGAUGGCUUCAGGGUCGACUCUACAGCCAUGUUCCAGGUUGCUGCAGGCCGAGAGUGGUUCAUCCACACCAUCUACACGGUUCGCUCCAAGGACAACGCCAACAGAGGCAUCGGGAAGCGCAGCCUGGAGUACCACUCCUUCGUUUCCCAUAGCAACGAGCUCGCCUCGAGCACCAAAGGCCGUCGCCACGGGAGGUCGGCUGGCGAUGAAGUCCCGGAGGUGGCGGAGGACAUCGGGGCGGAGAACAGCCGAGGAACCAACAUCAUGCACAUCGCGCUGGACCGCACCAAACGGCGAGCAGGAGACGCGAAGGAUCUUUUCACAGACGGGCUUGAAACGAGCGAGCUGAACGCGGAGGAGGAAGAGGAGGGGCUGGUGACGGUGGUGGGGGCGCUGGUCGGGCUGCUGCUCACCGUCCUCAUCGUCGUCACCAUCAUACUGGUGCUGCGCUCCAGACAGAAGGAGGGCAAGGAGGGCUGGAGGGAGGAGGUGCAGGAGGUGGUGAAGGGCUCCGUCAGCACCGAGCCCAUGCUGGUGGUGCGCAUGCAAGACUGCCACAACAGCUCAGAGGUCUGAGCCCGGCACGGACAGAUGGACAAAAGGGAUGAAGAGGGCUUUUAUACAAUUUGAGAUUUUUUUUUUAUUACUUUCAU